AUGGCCAGCAAAGCCAUGUGGGAGGUAGACCCAGAGACUCGAUCCAAGCUCCUUGAAAUACAAAAAGUCAACGGCAACGAUCGAUGCGCGGACUGCGGAGCGCCAUCCCCACAAUGGGCCUCUCCCAAGUUCGGCGUCUUCAUCUGCCUCAGUUGCGCGGGUGUGCACCGCGGAUUGGGCGUCCAUAUCAGUUUCGUGCGAAGUAUUACGAUGGAUGCGUUUAAGGCUAUGGAGAUUGAGAGGAUGCGGUUGGGAGGGAAUAAGCCGUGGAGGGAGUUCUUUGAGAAUGCGGAUGCGAAUAAGAUGGCGGGAAUUAGUUGGGAUGAUGCAACGAUCGCAGAACGGUACUCAGGAGAAGUAGGAGAAGAAUGGAAAGAACGCUUAUCCGCCAAAGUCGAAGGCAGAGAAUACGUCCCAGGCACCAAACCAGCACCAUCCUCAACCGCCACUCCCUCCUCCACCUCCCGCAGCCAAACACCAAUGGGUCGCACAUCCUCUCCCUCCCUCUCCAACCCAGCUCAUGGCGGCAAAGCCAAAGUCGACGACAAGUACUUCGCCGGUCUAGGCGCCGCCAACGCAAGUCGCCCUGCAGAUCUCCCUCCCUCACAAGGAGGCAAGUACGCCGGCUUUGGAAGCACGCCCAUCGAACGACCGAACAACGAGCCGAAACUACCUGGUUUAGAUGAUCUGCAGAGGGAUCCUGUAGCAGCGUUGACGAAGGGGUUUGGCUGGUUUACCACCACGGUGGGGAAGACGGCGAAGACGGUCAAUGAGGGUUAUAUCCAGCCUACGGCUUUGAAGGUAGCAGAAAGCGACCUCGCAGCACAAGCGCGCAUCGCAGCCGCCAACGUCGCGAAGGGCGCACAAACAGGCGCCAAGAGCGCAGCAGAAGGCUUCAACCGUUUCGUCGAGGGCAAUGGUGGGUCUGCAGGCAGCGGCGGUGGUGGAGGGGCAUAUAGAUCUAUGCCGUUGGAUGAGAGUAAGAAGGACUUUUGGGAUAGCUUUGCGGAGGCGGGGGCGGCGAGACAGUCGGGCGGUGCGGGGAGUAGUGCGAUUGGGACGGGGGCUGUGAAGAAGAGCGGUGCGGGUGCUGGGGGAGCGGGAGUGGGAGGAGGGGCGAAGGCGAAGAUGGAUGAAGAUAAUUGGGAUAAGUGGUAG